AUGAAAAAUAAAAAGGACCAGACGAGCGGCAGAAGAGGGGAGGAAGAAAAGAAAAAGAGCGAGGCGGGGACAAACGGGGAAGAGAGAAGGACAAAGAGAAGGAGAAGCAGCAGGAAGACGAAGAAAGAGGAGAAGGAGGAAAAGAGGAGAGGGGCGAGGGAUGGAUACAGUAAGAGGCAGUACUACGCGGAAUCCCGAUCGUAUGGUACGAGAGAAAAAUUGGCCACCGUCCGGAUUGACCGUCCGAUCUCAGGUGCGCAGCAGCAGCAGCAGCAGCGUCAGGAUGCAGGCGUCCAGAAGUGUCGUCGGUGGUGGAGACACCCGACCAGUCCUGGCGUGGUCGAUCCAAAGAUGUCAUUGCUAAGAGAUUCCCUAACUACCGUCUCUUUUCCCACACCUGAGUCAAGAAAUGGGGCCAACUUAGACCACACUACGAUCGGGGCGGUACCUAACUACGGGAUAAGUUUGGGUCAACAGGCGCUUAGUCUAGUUAGUAUUCUCUUUCUUUCCACCCCUAGUCUAUCUACCCCUCCAGAACAAUACCGGGAACAGAAGACGAGGAAAUGUUCCAAACAACCCUUUGGCGGCAUCGCAAGAAAGUUCGACCAAGGCGCCCGUCGUUCCCUGGCGGCAUUGCGACCUGAUUUGGAGGGUUUCGGAUGGUUCCUCGGCGGUCGAAUCGCAUGGAAAAGACGUCAAGGCAAAAGAUGGUGGUGCAUGAGCCGUCUGGGGGCGGCAGCAACAGCAGCUGGGAAAGUGGGAGGCGCUGCAGAAGACGGUAUGCAUUUUAGUCCGGCGUGCAGGUAG